AUCUGGCAUUAUACCCAUUCUUACGUCUUUUAGAUUAACCCAUUGAGGGGGCAAUAAAUAUAAACCCACAUUCAGGGCGUCAGUGGCGCGAGUAGUGGGGUCCGGAAAACAUGCAAAUCAGAACGGCAUUAGUUUCUCUGCUAAUCAUUAUUCAGGGCAGGUCCAUUACCUGCCUGGACCUGGGUCAUGGGAUCGAAGGGCGAAUCACUGGCGGGGAGUUAGCCGGGGUUAAUCAGUUUCCCUACCAAGUGGGCCUGAGUAUUGAGGAGCCCAACGACCUGUUUUGCUGGUGUGGAGCUAGUUUGAUCUCUGACCGACAUUUGCUAACGGCAGCACAUUGUGUUGAAAAGGCUGUUGCUAUCACUUACUACUUGGGUGGAGUGCUGCGACUAGCACCCCGACAGCUAAUCCGAUCGAUUAAUCCUGUAGUGCACUUGCACCCAUCUUUUAAUUCCCAAACCCUGGAGAAUGACAUUGCAGUGCUACGAUUACCAGAGGAGGCCAUUGUCUGUGAUUCCAUAAGACCCAUUCGGUUGCCAGGAAUCUCAUCCAGCGGUACCAAUUACGAAUACCUCCCCGCAAUUGCGUCAGGUUGGGGCCGCCUGAAUGAUGAAUCGGCUACUAUCUCCGAUACCCUCCGCUAUGUCGCUCGCUUUGUGGAAUCCAACGAGGACUGUUGCUACUCUUAUGACCACAUAAAAUCCACCAACAUCUGCAUGGAUACAACCGGAGGAAAAUCCACUUGCACCGGAGACUCCGGCGGACCGCUGGUCUACAAGGAUCCCCUGCAAAAUACAGAUGUUCUGAUUGGCAUUACUUCCUACGGCAAGAAGUCGGGUUGCACCAAGGGAUACCCAUCGGUUUUCACACGCGUCACCGCCUACUUGGAUUGGAUAGGUGAGGUGAGCGGGGUUGUCUAUUCAUAAAGCGGCCCUUGAUGGCUGAUCAAACA